CUCACCAGUCACCAUUGAUUUCUUUCUCCAAACCAUUAGCCAUGCUUGCUGAAACUGCAAACAUUCAUAAUGAUGAAACAUUCUCUGCAACCCACCACUGUAAAAAGGCAUUUUCAUCUCUCUCCAUCAAAAUCUUCCUUCCCUUAAAUUUACAUCUCAAUUCUCAUUCUCUUCUGUCAUUCCCACUCUCCUCUGUAACCAUGAAACCUCUUUUUGUUAUGUUUUUUCUUUUGUAUGCAUCACCCUUGCUUGUCUUCUCUGCUCAUCCUCGGUCUCUGCAACUCGUUUCUCUUCUUUCUAUUAAAUCUUCUCUUCAAGAUCCUUACAAUACUUUCCAUGACUGGGACCCUUCACCCUCCUUCUCUAAGCCUGAUUUGCAGCCCCCAGUUUGGUGUUCAUGGUCUGGGGUCAAAUGCAACUCCAAAACUUUUCAAAUCAUUUCACUCGAUCUCUCUCGGCGUUCUCUUUCGGGGCUUAUUCCUCCUCAAAUAAGCUAUUUAACCAGCUUAAUCCACUUGAAUUUGAGUGCAAAUGAAUUCGGUGGACCUCUGCAGUCAGCCAUUUUUGAGCUACCUGAGCUGAGAACGAUCGAUAUCAAUCACAAUUCCUUCAACUCUACUUUUCCACCUGGUAUCUCCAACCUCAAGUCUCUGAGAGUCUUUAAUGCUUACAAUAACAAUUUCACUGGUCCACUACCCACGGAGUUUGUUCAGUUAAAGUUUCUCGAGUAUCUCAACCUCGGAGGAAGCUAUUUUAAUGGAGAUAUUCCAGCUGGUUAUGGCAGUUUUCCAAGACUAAACUUCCUAGAUUUAGCUGGAAAUCUUUUAAAUGGAUCAUUGCCACCCGAUUUAGGGAACUUGACUCAGCUCGAGAGGCUGGAGAUUGGGUACAAUAGCUUAAUUCAAGGCGAGCUCCCAGUCGAGCUCGCAUUGCUGUCAAAUCUCAAGUACUUGGACAUCUCAAAAUGCGAUCUCUCUGGUUCAUUGAUACCCGAGCUUGGCAACUUAACUAAGCUUGAAAAAUUGUUGCUGUAUGAAAACCGUUUCAGCGGCGAAAUCCCGGUGAGCUACACUAACUUGAAAGCUUUACAAGUUCUCGAUUUAUCAAAUAAUCAACUCUCGGGCCCAAUCCCGGAAGGAAUAUCGUCUUUAAAUGCUCUAACCAGGUUGAGUCUGAUGAAUAAUGCGUUAACCGGCGACAUCCCGGAAGGAAUCGGCGAGCUACCGGAAUUAGACACUUUGUUGUUAUGGAACAAUUUAUUAACAGGAAUUCUUCCGCAAAAACUUGGCUCAAAUGGAAAGUUACUCACAGUUGACGUUUCAUCAAACUCACUCACGGGAACAAUCCCAUCAACUCUUUGUCAAGGCAACAAGUUAUUCAAACUCCUCCUUUUUUCUAAUUGCUUCACAAAUAAUCUUCCAGGAAGCCUGGUCAAUUGCACUUCUCUGUCAAGAGUUAGAAUCCAAGAUAAUCAACUCAACGGUUCAAUUCCGUACGGUUUCGGUCUCUUGCCAAACUUAACCUUCAUGGAUUUGAGUAGCAACAACUUCAGCGGUGAAAUUCCUCAGGAUUUCAGCAAUGCGCCCAGGCUUGAGUACUUAAACAUCUCUGAAAAUUCCUUCCAAACAAGUUUGCCGAGUAACAUCUGGAGCUCCCCCAUUUUGAAGAUUUUAUCGGCAAGUUCAAGCCAACUUAUCGGAAAGAUUCCGGAUUUUAUCGGGUGUAAGAGUAUUUACAGGAUCGAGUUACAUAACAACUUCCUUAAUGGCAGCAUUCCUUGGGAUAUCGGCCAUUGUGAAAAGCUUCUUUCAUUAAACUUAAGCCGAAAUUCGCUUACUGGUAUUAUUCCAUGGGAGAUUUCAACGCUUCUUUCAAUUACAGACGUUGAUCUUUCUCAUAAUUUUCUCUCUGGUACAAUCCCUUCGAAUUUCGAAAACUGUAGUACGUUGGAGACUUUUAACGUGUCGUAUAAUCAGUUAACCGGACCGAUUCCGGCUUCAGGUCCGAUAUUUCAAAAUCUUCAUCCCUCCUCAUUCAUCGGAAACGACGGACUCUGCGGUCGACUUGUAGCCAAGCGUUGUCCCGCUGAUACGUUGGAUGGCAGCGACAUGGCAGCUCAUAACCACCACCAGCAGCCGAAAAAGACGGCCGGAGCCAUCGUUUGGAUCAUGGCAGCCGCUUUUGGCAUUGGCCUGUUCGUUCUCGUCGCCGGGACCCGCUGCUUCCACGCAAACUACAGCCGUAGAUUUAAUAAUGAUCGAGAAAUUGGACCGUGGAAAUUAACCGCGUUCCAGAGGUUAAAUUUCACGGCGGAUAAUGUGUUGGAGUGCCUGUCUAUGACGGAUAAGGUCCUAGGGAUGGGGUCCACAGGGACUGUUUAUAAGGCUGAAAUGCCAGGUGGCGAGAUCAUAGCGGUGAAGAAGUUGUGGGGUAAACAUAAGGAGCAUAUCAGACGGAGGAGAGGGGUGUUGGCUGAGGUUGACGUGUUGGGCAACGUGAGGCACAGAAAUAUAGUGAGAUUGUUAGGGUGCUGCAGCAACAGGGAGUGCACGAUGCUGCUGUACGAGUACAUGCCGAAUGGAAAUUUAGAUGAUUUAUUACACGGGAAAAACAAGGGAGAAAAUCUGGUUGCUGAUUGGCUGACAAGGUAUAAGAUUGCACUUGGAGUGGCACAAGGGAUAUCCUAUCUGCACCACGACUGUGACCCUGUCAUUGUUCACCGUGAUCUCAAACCCAGUAACAUUCUUUUGGACGGUGAGAUGGAGGCCAGAGUGGCUGAUUUCGGCGUGGCAAAGUUGAUCCAAAGUGACGAGUCAAUGUCCGUCAUUGCCGGCUCCUAUGGCUACAUUGCACCAGAAUAUGCCUAUACUCUUCAAGUCGAUGAAAAGAGUGAUAUUUACAGUUACGGGGUUGUGUUGAUGGAGAUUUUAAGCGGUAGGAGAUCAGUUGAUGCAGAAUUCGGAGAUGGUAAUAGUAUCGUUGAUUGGGUGAGGUCAAAGAUCAAGAGUAAGGAUGGACUUAAUGACAUUCUAGAUAGCAAUGCCGGUGCUUCUUGUGCUUCUGUUAGAGAGGAAAUGAUGCAAAUGCUUAGAAUUGCUUUGCUAUGCACUAGUCGGAAUCCGGCAGAUCGGCCAUCGAUGAGAGACGUAGUGGUGUUGCUACAAGCGGUCAAGCCCAAGAGAAAAUUGCUAGGAAGUGUAGUUGGCGGUGGUAGUGAUGUAAUGAUCAGCAAGGGUGAAAAUGAUGAUAUUUCUAUUCAAAAGUCUGCAGUAGAAUGUUAAUAGAAUUAACUUUACUAGUUUUUUUUUUUUUUUUUUGGGGUUAAUUUUCCAAUAGUGGGGAUUGAUUGGUAUAGGAGAAGUGUUUUCUUUUUGUUUUAAUUUUUUUUCCCUAUUUUCUAUGGAAUUUUCAAGUGUCCUUACAUUCUGGUGUCACAUUGGGCUAUGAAUUUGGAUAUGAGGGUUAUAAAGUA